AAGAGAAGUGAGAGAUUUUUUUGUUGGGUAGAUUUGAGAGAGAGAGAGAGAGAGAGAGGUAGGUGAUAUGAAGGAAGAAAGAAGGAGAAAGGAAGAUUGGAUUGUGGAUUUGAGGAGGAAUCGGAAAAUGUUAAUGAACAGGUCACAAGAUCAAAGAUCAAGACCUGCAAAACCAGCUACAAUCCAUGGCUGUGCUCUCUCAGGAGACCUUAUUGGACUUCAGAAACUACUUCGAGAUAACCCUUCUCUUCUUAAUGACACAAACCCUGUUAUGGCAAACACACCACUUCAUGUUUCUGCAGGUAACAACAGGGUUGAGAUAGUUAAAUUUCUUCUUGAGUGGCAAGGACCGGAGAAGGUUGAGAUAGAGGCCAAGAAUAUGUAUGGAGAAACUCCAUUGCACAUGGCAGCAAAGAACGGUUGCAGUGAAGCCGCAGAGUUACUUCUUGCUCAUGGCGCUUCGGUUGAAGCAAGAGCAAAUAAUGGUAUGACACCUUUACACCUUGCAGUUUGGUAUUCAUUACGAGCAGAAGAGUUCUUAACCGUGAAAACAUUGCUUGAUUAUAAUGCAGAUUGCAGUGCUAAGGACAAUGAGGGAAUGACGCCUUUGAAUCAUCUUACGCAAGGUCCUGGAAACGAGAAACUUAGGGAACUACUAAACUGGCAUCUCGAAGAGCAGAGAAAGAGGCGAGCUAUUGAAGCGUGCAGUGAAACCAAAGCGAAAAUGGAUGGACUUGAAAAGGAAAUGUCGCAUAUCGUAGGUCUUAAUGAACUAAAAGUACAACUACGCAAGUGGGCGAAAGGCAUGCUUUUGGACGAGAGGCGUAGAGCUCUUGGUCUUCAUGUUGGCACAAGACGACCACCUCAUAUGGCCUUUCUUGGAAAUCCCGGAACAGGUAAAACUAUGGUAGCAAGGAUCCUUGGAAGAUUACUUCAUAUGGUGGGCAUUCUACCUACUGAUAAAGUGACAGAAGUACAGCGAACCGAUUUAGUUGGCGAGUUUGUCGGUCACACCGGUCCGAAAACUAGGAGGAAGAUCCAGGAAGCAGAAGGAGGAAUUCUUUUUGUUGACGAAGCUUAUAGACUGAUACCAAUGCAGAAAGCGGAUGAUAAGGACUAUGGGUUGGAAGCCUUGGAGGAGAUUAUGUCGGUCAUGGAUAGUGGAAAAAUCGUAGUAAUAUUUGCAGGGUACAGUGAACCAAUGAAACGAGUAAUCACAUCUAACGAAGGCUUUUGCAGACGUGUGACAAAGUUUUUCCAUUUUAACGAUUUCAAUUCAAAGGAGCUAGCACAAAUCUUUCACAUCAAGAUGAACAAUUUAUCAGAAGGUAGUUUGCUAUAUGGAUUUAAGUUGCAUUCGGAUUGCAGUCUAGAAGCGAUAGCAGCGAUGAUAGAAAGGGAAACGACCGAAAAGCAGCGUAAGGAAACGAAUGGCGGUUUGGUAGAUACCAUGUUGGUUAAUGCAAGAGAAAAUUUGGACCUAAGACUUAGCUUUGAUUGUAUAGAUACAGAAGAACUUCUUACCAUUACAUUGGAAGAUUUAGAAGCAGGUCUUGGUUUACUAUCACAGUAAUCAUUCUUUGGCAAAUUAGAUAUUUUGUUAAAGAGAUUCAUUUAAGUUUUUAGUUCAAAAUUAUCCACCAUUGGAUAUAUUGCAAGUUUGCAACAACACAAUGAAGAGCUUAUUGCAAGUUUUGCAGCUACACAAUGAGGAGCUUGUAAUGAAUAAUAUCCUUCUCUGGGAAGGUUUUUAUGUAAUUGAUAAUGUUAUAUGAGUUAAAGGGGCAUACACUGACAGUAUAAACCAAUUUUACACUGACAUCUGAUGAAAACAUUUUGCAACAUUUUGCUAUGUCAUACUACUAAUUUCAAAACAUCCUUACAAUAGUGAGGUGAUUUGGCAGAAAAAUGAUUUUUAUUGGAUGUUAGUGUGAAACUAAUUUUUACACUGACCAGUGGUAUGUUCUAUUUUCUCAUGAAGUUCUAUUGAUGCAGUGCCUUUUCAUUGUGUUCUUUGUAUGUUAUUCAUUCUUUUAGGAUAGUAAUAAAUCUCUCUUUUAGUUUGUGGUUGUCCUAAAGAAUUUCAGUUAAUUAUUUAUGUUUAUGGUU